AUGUCAAAAAAGGUUGAUGCACAUGUCUCUGUUGAGGCGAUGGACGAGCUGAAGAUUGGAACGGAUUCGGCCUCCAUCGUCAGCCAUUUUUCGGAGAAAAAUACAGAAAUCAAAAGAGGUUUGAAAUCUAGACACAUUCAGUUGAUUGGUUUAGGUGGUGCCAUUGGUACAGGUCUUUUCGUUGGUUCUGGUGGAGCAUUGUCCACUUGUGGCCCUGGUGGAAUUUUGAUUGGGUACGUUUCACUUUCAUUUUUCGUGUGGUUAGUAAUGAAUCAGUUGGCAGAGAUCGCCACAUUGAUUCCUCUUGCUGGAGAGUCUACCUUGUAUGCAAUGUCUAGAAAAUAUGUGAGCAGGUCGUUCUCUUUCACUUGUGGAUGGAAUAUAUUCUAUGCCCAGGCCAUGAUUCCCCCAUCAGAAAUCACGGCUUGUGCAUUUGUCAUCAAAUACUGGAGUGAUGCUAAUCCUGCCAUUUGGAUUACUAUUUUCCUUGUGGUGACUAUUUUCCUCAAUGUUUUGCCUGUUAGUUAUUUUGGUGAGUCGGAGUUUUACGUUGCAAUUAUCAAGAUUUUAUGUAUCACUGGUUUGAUCAUCUUGGGAAUUGUCAUUUUCUUCGGCGGAGGCCCAAACCAGCAUGGUGUUUUGGGUUUCAAGUACUGGAAUCAUCCAGGUGCUUUUACCGAACACUUGGUUGGUGGAAACACAGGUAAAUUUUUGGCUUGCUGGACAGGUAUUAUUAAAGCAGGAUUUUCUUUCAUCUUGACUCCAGAAUUGAUUGUGUCAUGUACUUCUGAGGCCCAGUAUCCUAGAAGAAACCUACCAAUUGUGUGCAAAAGAUUUGUGUACCGUUUGGCUGUCUUUUACAUCUUGGGAUCUUUGGUCAUUGGUGUGGUUGUUGCUUACAACGACCCUAGAUUGAUGGGUGCCAUCAACUCUGGCCAAUCUUCUGCUGCUGCUUCUCCUUUUGUGAUUGGUAUGACCAAUGUUGGUAUCCACACCUUGCCUCAUAUUGUCAAUGCUUGCAUUCUCACUUCGGCAUAUUCAGCUGGAACUUCCUUGCUUUACGGAGCCUCUAGAAGUUUACAUUCUAUGGCUUUGCAAGGAGAUGCUCCUAAGAUUUUUUCUGUCACCACUCUGCGUGGUGUUCCUCUCUAUGCUGUUGGUGUGAGUUCAUUGUUUCUUUUCUUGGCUUAUCUCAACUGCUCAAAGUCUGCUACUACUGUUUUUAACUGGUUUACCAACAUUGCCACAAUUGCUGGUUUCAUUUCGUGGUCUUUUGUUGGCAUAACUUACAUUUUCUAUCGGAAAGUCAUCGACUUCCACAAGUUGAACGAUAGGGUCCCAUUCAGACCCCCAAUGCAAAGAGUUGGUGCAUACAUGUCCGUUACGUUCUUUUCACUCUUAUCCCUUACAAAUGGCUAUGCUGUUUUCAUUAAGGGCAAUUGGAACACUUCGGAUUUCUUCACUGCCUACAUCACAUUGAUCAUUAUCUUUGUGCUUUAUGUUGGAAAUAUUCUUUGGAGACGUGAAUGGAAACAAUUGAGUAUUCCAGUUGAGCAAAUCCAUAUUGAGGACCUUAUUUCCAUUGCAGAAGAGGACGAAAUAAAUCAUGCACAGACAUUUGAUGAGAAGUAUAACCUGAGAAAAGGUGUUUGGUGGAAGGUUUUCUAUGCUAUUUUAUAA